CUGUUCUAAGUAGCUAUCCGUGCACUCGUCAUCUACUCGCCCUUUCGUCCCUUCACCGUUUGCUAUAUUCCAUCCCUCGAUGGCUAUAUUGGGGUGAGAUUUCGGAGAGCGGGCCGAUUGCAAGAGUCACAUCUUUGCUUUUUGAAGCUGAAGAGCAGCUAGCUAGUUAGGUUGAUCUCAAUCCUUCCGUCUCCAGAAACGGAGAGGCGAUGAAGAGGGAGAACAUGGACGGCGUCGCGAGAGGUGGGAUUGUGAGGAAUGUUGCUCCGGCGCCGGCGAGGAUGGCGAUGAUGGGGAAGGCGAAGAUGAUGGGGUUCGACGAGGAGACAGAGGACGAGCAUCUAGCGGUGCUGGGGUAUAAGGUGAGAUCCUCCGACAUGGAGAUCGUGGCGCAGAAGCUGCAGCAACUGGAGAUGGCGAUGGGGGGUGGUGCUCCGCAGGAUGAUGCGCUACUUAACCACCUUGCCGCCGACACCGUGCACUAUAAUCCGUCCGAUAUAUCGAACUGGCUCGAAAGCAUGCUCUCCGAGCUCAGCACGCCUCCCCCGCCACUGCCGCCAGUGAUGCAUCCUAAUUCCGGAGUUUUUGACUUUCCGCCAGACCCGAUGUCCGGCCACUCAUCGUCUAACUUCUUUAAUUCUGCUGAAACUCUAGCCACUAUGGAAUCCUCCACCGUUACCUCCAUCGAGCUGUCUACUCCGUCAGCUGCCAUGCUUCCUGCUGAUUACUCACUCCGAAGUAACAGCGCUGGGGGAAACCGUGCUGUAUACGGAUCGGAGACACAGAUGGAGAAUACUGGACCCAGAGAUCGGAAACGCAUGAAGACCUCCUCUUCCUCAUCGACUUCCAGAGGCGGAUCUGGCGGAGUGAUUGGACGGUCUGCGCCAGCAAUCGGAUCGAUGUCUACCUCCACCUGCGGCAGCGAAGUAUCAUCCGCGAUGCCGGUGGUGAUGGAGGACACUCAGGAGGUCGGAAUCCGUCUGGUUCACGCACUUAUGGCUUGCGCAGAAGCGGUCCAGCAGGAGAAUUACAAGGCGUCGGAUAUUCUCGUCAAACAGAUCUCGAUGCUAGCCUCAUCCCAGGGCGGCGCUAUGCGGAAGGUCGCAGGAUAUUUUGCUGAGGCCCUCGCUCGCCGGAUUUACUGCCUCAAUCCUCAGCAGGACUGCUCGCUAGACUCGGCUUUCUCCGACAUCCUCCAGAUGCACUUUUAUGAGAGCUGCCCUUAUCUAAAGUUCGCCCACUUCACGGCCAAUCAAGCCAUUCUAGAGGCCUUUGCCGGCUACCGCCGGGUUCACGUCAUCGAUUUCAGCAUGAAACAAGGGAUGCAAUGGCCGGCACUGAUGCAGGCGCUCGCUCUCCGCCCUGGAGGUCCUCCGUCCUUCCGCCUUACUGGAAUCGGCCCUCCCCAACCGGAUAACACCGACGCUCUGCAGCAAGUCGGUUGGAAGCUCGCUCAGCUUGCGGACACCAUCCACGUUGAUUUCGAAUACCGCGGGUUUGUCGCAAACAGUCUAGCCGACCUCGAACCUUACAUGCUUGAGUCCCCAUCUUCUGCCAACAGCGGUUCCGACGAACCAGAAGUCGUGGCGAUCAACUCUGUCUUCGAGCUCCACGGUCUACUGGCGCGGCCUGGGGCCUUAGAGAAGGUCCUUGGCACAGUUCGCGCGCUGAAGCCGCGGAUUGUGACCAUCGUCGAGCAGGACGCGAAUCAUAACGCCGGUCCGUUCAUGGACCGGUUCACCGAGGCACUGCACUUCUAUUCCACGAUGUUCGAUUCCCUGGAGGGAGGCGGCAUCGCCGAUGGGCAGCAGGACCAGUUUAUGUCGGAAGUCUAUCUCGGCAGACAGAUCUGCAACGUAGUGGCUUGCGAGGGGACGGAGCGGACAGAGCGCCACGAGACACUAUCUCAAUGGCGAGGAAGGAUGAGAGACGCCGACUUCGAGCCCGUCCACCUCGGCUCUAACGCCUUUAAGCAGGCUAGCAUGCUCCUUGCCCUCUUCGCCGGCGGCGAUGGAUACCGCGUGGAAGAGAAGGAUGGUUGCCUCACCCUCGGGUGGCAUACUCGUCCCCUCAUCGCCACAUCGGCCUGGCGUCCCGCCGGCUCCGGCGAAUCUUUCUCCGCCCCCGCGGCCUCUGAUGCUCGUUGAUCCAAGAUUCCUCGCUGAUCUUUCUUGCUUCAUCUCGGCCGUCGGUUGGGCGGUGCGGGUUGGGCGGGCCGGGAUGAUUGGGCUGUUCGGUUUAUUAGAUGCUGAAGCUUCCAAGCACAGCUGGUUCCUCCCUAUGUCACUGUUGCCCGCCCGAAAUCGGGCAUCCUUUUCCCUGUUUGUUUUCACAAUUAUGUUGAUUUUGUCACCCCUCUCCUUUUACCUUAAUGAAUAUGUUAUGUUUGUAUUUAAA